UUUCAUUUUGGUUCGUCCAACAUAACAUUUCAACCUCAUAAAGUAAGUCGAGAAGAACGUAGUCGAAUUGUUGGUUUACAGAGUGGCGGUUUUCGGGGAUGUACAGUGUGGUUUACAGGUCUUUCUGGUGCUGGCAAAACUACGGUCGCAUUUGCUGUUGAAAGAGCUCUCAUUGAAAUUGGCGUUCCAGCUUACGCUUUGGAUGGUGAUAAUGUUAGGCAUGGAUUAUGUAAGAAUUUAUCGUUCAACGAAAAAGAUCGAAGUGAGAAUAUACGACGCGUCGCUGAAGUAGCUAAAUUAUUUGCUGAUAUGGGUGUUGUGGCCUUAGCCUCUUUUAUAAGUCCAUUCAAACGUGAUCGUAAUGCUGCAAGAAAAAUUCACACUGAGGAUGGUAUUCCAUUUUUCGAAGUAUAUGUCAAUACUCCUUUAGAAAUUUGUGAAUCAAGAGAUCCGAAAAAUUUAUAUAAACAAGCACGCGCUGGAAAAUUGAAAGGAUUCACUGGAAUUGAUAGUAUUUAUGAAGAACCUGAAGAUCCUCAUUUGAUUCUUGAAGCUGGUGUUGAAUCAGCAGAUGAUUGCUUGCAAAAAGUUAUGGACUUCUUGUACAGCAAGGGCAUUAUAUCGAAUGAAGCUAGGCAAAAUCAUAGUUUGCACGGAUUACCGAUACGAGAGUUAUUUGUGGAUGUAUCAACAAAAGAAAUACUAACGCUUCGUCUUAACGAUAUGCCAAGUGUCAAUAUCUCACGAAUAGAUUUACAGUGGUUGCAGGUGCUAGCAGAAGGUUGGGCUUCACCUUUAUACGGUUUUAUGCGAGAACGGCAAUAUUUACAAAGUUUGCAUCAUGGAAUACUAUUAGAUUUAAAACGUGAAUGUACCUCUGAGGAUGUUUGUAGUUUCGAUGAGUUUGAAGAUACAUAUUCUAAAGUUUUACCCAUCAACCAAUCUAUUCCAAUUGUUCUUCCCAUUUCGAGUGAACAGAGAGAAUUGUUGAUGCAAGGUAAGAGAAAAUUCGUCUUUAUCUUUAUUUUUAAAGUAAAAAAUUUCUAA